AUGAGAACGUUGGGGACCAUAAAUCAGUUUUUAGGCAUCACGGUGCUUCCUACAUCAACAGGCCUACUACUCCAGCAAACAAGAUAUGCCGAAGAAAUUCUGGCACGGGCUGGAAUGACAAAUAGUAAGCCUGUGUCCACACCAAGCAUUCCUAAAGCUGUAGCUGAAAACUCAUCUGAGCAAUUCGGUAAUCCAAAACUAUACCGCCAAAUUGUUGGAGCAUUACAGUAUUUGACAGUAACACGCCCAGACUUAUCAUAUGUUGUGAAUCGGGCGUGUCAACAAAUGCACCAACCGAUGGUCAGUGAUUUUGAAGCACUUAAACGAAUACUUCGUUAUCUUCAGGGAACUAUACAGCAUGGACUACCGAUCAAUGGAGAUUCCUUAGUGCUCAAAUCCUAUGUUGAUUCGGAUUGGGCCGGGGAUCACACAGACCGCAAAUCAACUACAGGAUUUUGUAAUUUUUUGGGCACAUCACUUGUGUCAUGGAGUGUCAAAAAGCAGACAACUAUAGCUCGUUCAUCAACAGAAGCUGAAUACCAGGCCAUUGCCUCAGUUACCAUGGAAAUUAUAUGGUUAAGGCAACUUCUAAACGAGCUAGGCUGUUCUCAGAUAGAACCAACCAAGCUCUACUGUGAUAACACCUCGGCAAUUGCCUUGGCUAACAAUCCAGUAUAUCAUGCUCGCACUAAACAUAUUGAAAUUGAUUGCCAUUUUAUUAGAGAUUGCAUAAAAAAUGGUAGCAUACAAGUUCAUUACAUCUCAACUCAAGAUCAACUAGCAGAUUUGUUUACCAAAGCUCUUCCCUCUACUCGAUUCAAGUUUCUUGUCAAUCAACUGAUUACUCGCAUCGACUCAUCAGAUUGCAGGGGGUAUUAG